AUGUCUGCGAAGUGCGACGAUGAACAUGGGUCGUCUUACCGAUCCCAAAUAAUCAGUUUAUUGGAGAGUCGGGAUCGAAAACUGCGACAAGUACAGAACAUGUUCAAGAACUAUUCAUUUCUCGCCGAACAGUUAAACCGGAGCAGGCGUGUCCGAUCCCAAAAUAACGGGAGUUUUGACUCUAAGAGCGAUGCCUCCCUUGAGAUCCAGCAGAUGAAAGAAGAAUUGGCGUCCGUUUACAAGCUCAAAAGCAAGAACGAUCAAGAUUUGAUCGAAGCCAACCGAAGACUAACAGAGUCUGAAACGCGGCUCUCUUCGCUCCAAACAGAGCGGGAUAUAUUGCUCAAGGACCUCCAGCGAACGCGUGUGAAACUGGAAGGUUUAGAAAACGAAAUCAAUAAACUACAACUGGACAAUACAACUAUAAAUGACGAACGCAUUGCUCUUCUUGCCACCUGCAACACUCUGACCGAAAAGAAGAAAGAGCUGGAAGCUGAGCAGUUUCGAUUGAUGAACAAGGUCCGCGAACUGAGUGCACGACGUGUCGAAUAUAUGAAUGAAGAGGUCGCUCUGCAAGAAGAACGACGGCAGCUGAGAGUUAGAGAGGAAAUCGCACUCGCUUCUCAAGACGCUGUUCGCGAUGAAAACGCCUUCCGGAUAUCGCCAGAUACGUCAGGGGAUGAUCUUCUUGGCGACUUUGUCCCUUCUUCACGCGUUUUUUCGUUUGUGUGCAACGACGGCGAGGUCAACGACGUGGAAUGGCUUGGCGACAACGUGUUCGCCACUGCCGGCAGCGACCAAAAGAUCCGUAUUUGGCGUGCGGGUCCUCACAGCGAGAGCUCUAAGAUGCACACGAUGACUGGCUGCAACUCGGCAGUUACUAGGCUUCAUUUCGACGGCGAGAAACGGCUGCUCUUGUGCUCAAGCAACGACAAAACCUGUCGAGUUUGGAACGUCGACACUCAACGGCUGAUGUGCACUUUGUCUGGACACAUCGAGAAGGUGUCGACGGCACGUUUCUAUAAGACACACGAAGUCAUUUCUGGCUCGUUCGACAGGACGAUCAAGAACUGGGAUCUGGCGGGUCAGCGCUGCCUCAAGACCUACUUCCCCGGGUCUACAGUGCUCGACAUCGUGAGCUGUCGCGGAACCACGACUUCUUCAUUCAUCUCUGGCCACUAUGACAAGAAAGUUAGGUUCUGGGACUCUCGGCAGAUGGAGCCGUUGCGGACAGUCGAGAUGGAGCAGCGCGUCACGUCGCUCGACAUUUCUCUUGACGGCCAACAGCUUCUGUGCUCCACGCGCGACGAAACUCUUUCACUGAUCGACGUUCGCAACUACGGCACCUUGCACAUGUACAGCGCCGAGCAGUACAAGACCACUUCCGACGUCUCGAGAUGCGUGUUCUCCCCGGGGGGAGAGUUCGUCGCUGCUGGCUCUUCUCAAGGCUGUGUCUUCGUCUGGAAUACCAAAACUACGAGACUGGAGAAAGUUCUUCGUGGCGGACAUGAGUUCGUUUUUUAGAUAUUUUUUUUUAUUUUUUGAUUCAUUAUUUGAACACUUUUAAAGAAGGUUUAAAAAUAUGAGAGAGCUUAGGACUUUUGCGCAACAAAAAAACUUGGUUUCAGAGAAAAAAAUUAUUUUAUCUAUUUAUUUUUUUGUUUAAGGUGGACCAGGGAAAAAAAGUGUAACCACGCGCAAGUAAAGAAGUCGAGAACUUCAUUAGAGAUGACGUGAAAAAAAUAAUGAUUUUUCAGAAGUUGGGAAACUUUCGAAUAUUUUCUCAGGCACUCUGAAGUUCUAGAUGCUUUCUACGUUUAAAAAAUUGAUGCACUAAACGUAUUAUUGAGGAAAUUGAAAGAAGAGCGAUUUUGCGAUAAGUUUUUUCGUACAGAACUUUGACAAGUAUAUCUGUUUUAAAGUGGAACUAAAAUUGUGCGCAAAAAUUUACAGUCCGUAUACGAGAGACAAUGAGCAUGUAGAUUUUCAUUAGGACUUUAAUACAAAGCUAGUGGCGAAUCAGUGACAAGUUCUAUUUUUUUCUCAUAUAUGCGACAUCUUUCCUCAAAGAAAUCAUUCAAUAGUUUUCUACUCGAAAUUUUCCAGAUCUCCCAUACUCUCCUUGUCUUGGAACCCGAUGGGUCGUGGACUUCUUAGCUGCGACAGGCUCAAAACAGUAACCUACUGGAAAUAGCUCAGGUACUAGAGACUCCAAAUAUUCCUAUUCUUCUUCAAUUUAGUUCCUUUACCACAAUUUCAUCGCUCGGGGCGCCGCGACAAUUAUCAAUUUGCCGGGUCGAUAG